CGCCUCUUGCGUCAUUCUUUCGCGCCGGAAGUCUAGGUGCGCUCCUCCUAGACGCUGAUCGGACUGCUGCGUCCGGAGGUGUAGAGGCGUUAUGGCCUCAGACGAAGAUGAAGUGAAUCUUCUGAUUAUCGUCGUCGAUACCAACCCAAUUUGGUGGGGAAAGCAAGCAUUAAAGGAAUCUCAGUUUACUUUCUCCAAAUGCAUGGAUGCUGUGCUGGUGCUGGGCAAUUCCCACUUAUUCAUGAAUCGUCGCAAUAAGCUUGCUGUGAUAGCCAGUCACAUUCAGGAAAGUCGAUUCUUAUAUCCCGGGAAGAACAGCAGGCUUGGAGACUUCUUGGGUGACCCUGGCACUCUCUUUUCUGACUGCAAUCCCUCUGGAAGUAAAGACGGAAAAUAUGAGCUGUUGACGGCAGCUGAUGACGUGAUUGUUGAGGAGAUUAAGGAUCUGAUGACCAAGAGUGAUAUAAAGGGCCAACAUACAGAAACUCUGUUGGCAGGAUCCCUUGCCAAAGCCCUUUGCUACAUCCAUAGAAUGCAGAAGGAAGUUAAAGAUAAUCAGGAGAUGAAAUCAAGGAUUCUGGUGAUCAAGGCUGCAGAAGACAGUGCAUUGCAGUACAUGAACUUUAUGAACGUCAUCUUCGCAGCACAGAAGCAGAAUAUUUUGAUUGAUGCCUGUGUUUUAGACUCCGACUCAGGACUCCUUCAGCAGGCUUGUGACAUCACAGGAGGACUAUAUCUAAAGGUGCCUCAGAUGCCUUCUCUCCUGCAGUAUUUACUGUGGGUUUUUCUUCCUGAUCAAGAUCAGAGAUCUCAGCUAAUCCUCCCACCCCCAAUUCAUGUUGACUACCGAGCUGCUUGCUUCUGUCAUCGAAAUCUCAUUGAAAUCGGCUAUGUGUGCUCUGUAUGUUUGUCAAUAUUCUGCAACUUCAGCCCCAUCUGUACUACUUGCGAGACAGCCUUUAAGAUUUCUCUUCCUCCUGUAUUGAAGGCCAAGAAAAAGAAACUGAAAGUAUCCACAUGAUAAAAUGUAUAUGUGUUUUCUCAUCUCAAGGCUGUGAAUAGACAUUGUAUGGCAGAGUCUUCAUUGGGAGUGCUCUGGAAAAAAAUACAGAUGUGUACAGAA